GCAUCGUUCCGAAUAAGCGCCGGCGUCUAAGACGCGCCGUGACGGAGCUUUCCCCUACCCGCCUUUCUUCGUUAAACUAUAACUACUCAUUGAUAGCGACUCUCUCUCUCUCUCUCUCUCUCUCUUUCUCUCUCUCUCUCACACACACAGAAUCCAGAAUCUUUACAUGUACUUGGACACUGUAUCUACACACACGCAUAUAUAUAUAUAUAUACACACACACACAAAAUAGUAUACUGAUUUCGAGGCUUUCACGGGAAUCGCAUUUUAUAGAGAGAGAGGGAGUGAGAUUGACCUGAAAGCAACCUUAACUGAUUCCCCGCUCUCUACGUGAGCUGCUUCUGCGUCUAUUUAAGUCGGCGUGGCGGAGAGGAGGCUUCGUCGAUUGCCGAUCAUCGUCGCGAUUUGAAUGCUGCUGGAUUUGGAAGAGUGUUUGAGGAUUGAAAUCCUGAAAUACUAGGAGAAGAAAUGCCAGAUGGAAGGGGAGAUAGAUUUGGUCACGAGAUCAUGUCUGAGGAUGAGAGAAGGAGGCGGCGGAUGAGAUCUUUGAGGAAAAAGGCAAUGAACCCUGCAACAAGGACCACGCGGGAGUUGAAGAAACGUGAACAGAGGAAGGUGCAUUGCCUGUUUGCCGCUGUCUGUAACGAAGAGUUUCUAGAGGAGGAAGAGAGAGUGGUUAAUGAAUUUCGUCAAGCUUUGGUUGAAAGGGACAUGCUUCUGGCUCAUUAUGAUGAUUACCAUACUAUGUUGAGAUUCUUAAAAGCAAGAAAGUUUGACCUUGAUAAAACAGUACAGAUGUGGGAAGAAAUGUUGAAUUGGAGAAAAGAAAAUGCUGUAGACACUAUAAUUCAGGAUUUCAUAUAUGAGGAGUUUGACGAAGUUAAGCUAUAUUAUCCUCAUGGUUACCAUGGUGUUGAUAAAGGAGGCCGACCUGUGUACAUUGAAAGACUUGGGAAGGUUGAACCUAGUAAACUAAUGAACAUCACCACUGUCGAUAGGUUCUUAAAAUAUCACGUCCAAGGUUUUGAGAAAGCUUUUGCGCAAAAGUUUGCAGCAUGUUCUAUUGCUGCCAAGCGACAUAUUGAUUCAACAACAACUAUUCUGGAUGUACAUGGGCUGAAUUGGAUGAGUUUUGGAAAGAUUGCGCGUGAUCUAGUAAUGCGCAUGCAGAGAAUUGAUAGCAGCAAUUAUCCUGAGACAUUACAUCAAAUGUUCAUAGUUAAUGCGGGUGGUGGAUUUAAGUGUGUAUGGAAUUCGGCAAAAUGCUUCAUUGAUCAAAGGACCAUCUCAAAAAUACAUGUGUUGGGUACCAAAUUCCAGGACAGGCUAUUGGAAGUCAUCGAUGCUAGUCAAUUGCCAGAUUUUCUGGGUGGAUCCUGCUCAUGUCCAAAUGAAGGUGGAUGCCUUGGAUCCAACAAGGGACCUUGGAAUGAUACACAACUGAUGAAGCUAGUUCACGCUUUGCAUGAAGGUGAAAGCAAUUUAGGGAUAAAACUGCUUAAUUAUCAGGAAUCAAGGAAUGAAAUUUCUUCAUCUUCUAUUUCAAGAAAACCUUCUUACAGGGAGCCAACACCUUCCCUUAGUAAUGACAGCUUGCUGAUCCAGGAAAUAUCACAGAGAUCAGAAAGGGAUAUAUCCGGUGAUAGAUAUGAAGAUAGACGUCCAUCAAAUUCGGCUGGUCCUAUUGCGGAACAAAGGUUGCCGAAGGGAUCACUCUCCACCAUAGUGACGGACGUUGUGCUUAGAUUACUCACAUUCUUAUGCAUACUUGGUAGUUUGUUCAGACGCUUCUUUAAGAUGGACGAAAACAUGGAAGCGGUGUUAGAAAACCAAACAACACAAGUUGGAAACUCAAACUCUCAAGAACAAGAUGUGCAACUAAAGAAUGAGGAGCUUCUCCACCCCUGUUACCAGAAGUUACAGCAUUUAGAGAAUAUGGUGAAUGAACUUUCGAAAAAACCUGCAAGAAUUCCAUCUGAGAAAGAGGACAUGAUACAUGAAUCUCUCAGUCGCAUAAAAUCCAUCGAGUUUGACUUACAGAAGACGAGGAAAGCAUUGAUUGCGACAACAUCAAAGCAAAUGGAGCUAUCUGAGUCAAUAGAGACAAUAAAGGAGAAUAAUUCAAAUGGGAGUCAAAGUUGCUGGCUACGAAGUAGCAGGUCUUUACCCAAAGGAACCUGAUUAACUUCCCAAGCAUCCGUAUGUGUCCCCUUUAUGCUCAUUGACCUUAUUCUUUCAGCUGAUCACAUUCUUCAGAUAUUAUUUGGGUGAGUUCAUAUAAUCUGCAACAUCCCAGUAUCGGCUGUGCAAAGAAUACACACACACAAAGGAUAUUGAAAAACAGUUUUUUCAUAAGUUUCUUUGCUUAGUUAUUGUAAAAACGUUUUCUCUAUAAAUUUGAAGUCAUGCAGCUUUGGCUACAUUUCAUAUACUGUUGGUAUUAUUCUCUUUACAAGUUGCGUGUAUUUCAUUUCA